AUGGCGGCGAAGCAGCGGCAGAUCGAGCACCAGGAGAAGUGCAUCGACGAGGUCCUCUCCUACCCGAUCAUCCUCGCCGACCAGAUCUCCCACGCCGUCCUCGACUCCGACUCCUUCAAGCUCGAGUGCUCCGAGGUCCGCAAGCACGCCGACCAUCUCUCCCAGAUGCUCUUCUCCGCCGCCCGCCUCGCAGCCUCCGCCAUAGGCCCCUCCGCUCCCCCCUUUUACGACCGCCCCCUCCGUCGCAUCUCCGCUGAUGUCUCCCGCAACUUCGAGAAAACUCUAACCCUGGUCAAGAAGUGCCGCCACUGCAGCACCCUCUGCCCCGUCGUAAUCAUCAUUUUCGCCACCUACUUCCCUCGCCGACAAAAUCGAAGCCGCCAACGAGCUCGCCCCCUCGCCAGAGACAACAACCGCAACAAGCAGAUCAUCGUCGAGGAAGGUGGGAUUCUGCCCCUUCUAAAGCUACUCAAGAACAAUUUCUCCAUUGACGCCCAAAUUGCAGCUGCCUCUGCCCAAUUCAGCCUUGCCAACGAAGAGGAAUGGUUCGGGUUGUUUAUAGACGACGUCUUAGGGGACUCCCCAAUGAAGGUCCGAAUUAGGGUUGCGAAUUUAGUUGCGAAGAUGGCCAAGCGUUGUCCCCUUGCGAAAGAGGAUCUCGCUCGGGAGAACGUGAUUCGGCCGCUCAUCAAGCUUUUAGUCAUGGACGACCCUGUGGAUGAAAAGCCCGUUCCCGAUCUCAAACUCAAGCUCAAAGUAAGCUGUGCCGAGGCCCUGUGGAUGCUUGCCAAGGGCAGCGUGCAGAAUAGCUGGAGAAUAACCAAGACAAAGGGUUUGCUCUGUCUGGCUAAGUUAGUCGAAACCGAAGAAGGUGAAUUGCAGUACAAUUGUCUGAUGACGAUUAUGGAAAUAACAGCUGCAGCCGAAUCCAAUGCGGACCUCCAGCGGGCGGCUUUCAAGCCGAACUCUCCGGCAGCCAAAGCCGUGGUAGAUCAGCUGCUUACGGUUAUUAAACAAUCGGAUGAUGUCAGAAUGCAGAGCCAAGAUGUGGCAGCUGAGGCUGUGGGCUCGCUCGGGAAAUUCGAGUGCUCGGAAAAUUUCCUCUGCGUGGAGCAUUGCAAGACGAUUACCGAGUUUGGUGGGGUCCCGCCAUUGAUGAGGCUGUUGAGGGGGGACGAGAAGGCCCGGCUCAACGGGCUGGUGCUCGUGUGCUAUCUUGCUAUCCAUGGCGGAAAGAGCGGGCAUUUGGAGUGGGCUGGUGUUUUGGGGGAUUUCGAGGGGGUCGAUGGGGAUUUCAUAGCCCAGCACCCGGAGCUGAGGGAUUUGGUUUCGCAGGCCGUGUAUCUGUAUCAGUUGAGCGUGUUUCGUCAGUCACAUCCGGGUCUGCUGGCGCAGAGGCAUUCCAGCCUGCUUGUGGCCCAGAGGCAGUUUUGA